AUGAAGUGCUUGAACAACCGGGCCGACAGCCACUUGACUGGGCAGGUGGAGUGUGAGUUGGACAGCUUGGGCAAUGGUGCCUGGGUGAACCAGGGCUACUGUGGCUCUCCUCCACCCCUGCCCCGAGCUGUCAGCACCAUCUACAACCCUCAGCCUCUCUUCCAAGGCUCCAUGGACAGCAUGUACAAAGUGGACGCCCCCAGCCCGUUCCACCAUCCACCUGAGGACCCACUACCCAACGAGCAAAGUGUGGUGAAGAAACAAAGAGGCUGCUGCUCUUUUAUCAAAGGGCUGUGGGGCACAACAUUGACCGAAAACACCUCUGACAACAGGGAGCUGUUUGUCCGAACCACGCUACGGGAGUUACUGGUCUAUCUGGUGUUCUUGGUGGACAUAUGCCUCUUGACGUACGGUAUGACCAGUUCGAGCACCUACUAUUACACUAAAGCCAUGACGGACCUGUUUGUGAAUACAGGCGGAGAAAAUGGGGUUAUGUUUCAGUCCAUUGGCACCAUGUCCGACUUCUGGAUUUAUGCCCAAGGCCCAUUGCUGGAUGGCCUCUACUGGACUAAAUGGUACAAUAACCAGUCCCUGGACAGCGGAGACAAGUCCUUCAUCUACUAUGAGAAUAUGUUGCUGGGAGUUCCCAGAAUGAGGCAGAUCAAGAUCAAGAACAACUCCUGCAAGGUCCACAAUGACUUCCAAGAUGAGAUCACAGGAUGUUAUGAUGUCUACAAUGAGAAAAAGAUGGAUGAACUCUGCUUCGGUCUCAUUAACGGCACUGCCUGGACCUACCACACAGAGAAAGAGAUCAAGGGUUCCUCUCACUGGGGCUUGCUGACCACCUACAGUGGAGCAGGAUACUAUCAAGACCUGAGUCGGACCAAAGAGGAGAGCGCCGCCAUAAUGACGGAACUGGUGGACAACCUAUGGCUGGACCGAGGAACCAGAGCAGUGUUCAUCGACUUCUCCACUUACAAUGCAAACAUCAACAUGUUCUGCGUCAUCAGGUUGGUAGUUGAAUUCCCAGCCACAGGUGGAGCAAUCCCUUCCUACCAGAUCAGAACAGUCAAACUGAUUCGCUACAUCACUUACUGGGAUUACUUCAUCCUCGGCUGUGAGAUAGUCUUCUGCGUGUUCAUCCUCUACUAUAUUGUGGAAGAGAUGCUUGAGCUUCAAAUACACAAGUUAUCCUACUUCGGAAGCAUCUGGAACAUACUCGACAUUGUUGUCAUAAUGCUCGCAAUCGUUGCCAUCGUAUUCAAUAUUUUCCGAACCGUCAAAGUGGAUAAGUUGCUUGGCAAACUCCUGGAACAACCUGAUAUCUAUGCUGAUUUUGAAUUUCUGGCGUUUUGGCAAACACAAUACAACAACAUGAAUGCUGUGAACUUGUUCUUCGCAUGGAUCAAGGUUUUCAAGUACAUCAGCUUUAAUAAGACCAUGACUCAGCUGUCCUCCACACUGGGAAGAUGUGCUAAAGACAUCUUGGGAUUCGCCAUCAUGUUCUUCAUUGUCUUCUUCGCUUAUGCUCAGCUUGGAUAUUUGCUCUUUGGGACAGAGGUUGAUUCCUUCAGCACCUUUGUGAAGUGCAUCUUCACACAGUUCAGGAUUAUUCUCGGAGACUUUAAUUAUGAUGCCAUCGACCGUGCUAACAGAGUUCUGGGGCCGAUCUACUUUGUCACCUAUGUGUUCUUUGUUUUCUUUGUUUUGCUGAACAUGUUUCUGGCCAUCAUCAACGACACAUAUUCUGAGGUCAAGGAGGAGCUCUCAUCCCAAAAAGAUCAACUGCAGAUUACGGACAUCAUCAAACAGAGCUAUAUGAAGACAUUUAUGAAGUUGAAACUCAAAAAGGAGAAAAUAUCAGAUGUUCAGAAAGCACUGCGCUCUGGAUCUGGAGAAAUUGAAUUCAAGGACUUCAGAGAAACUCUGAAAGAGAUGGGACAUGCCGAUCAUGAAAUUUCAGCAGCCUUCUCAAGGUUUGACCGGGAUGGGAACCAAAUUCUAGACGAGGCUGAACAAGAAAGGAUGAAAAUCGAGCUGGAGGAAAAGAGGGAUGCUCUCAGCGAUGAACUCAACGAUCUUGGAAUGAAUUACGAAAAAGAGUUACUGGAGAAGCCUGCUGUGACCUCCAGUGAGCAGAAGAACCGUUCUGGUCAAAUCUUUGUGGAUCAGGAGCAGUUUCUAAAACUGACCGGACAGGUUCUCCAACUCGAAAGCUCUGUGGCAGGCAUCUCAACCAGGAUGGAGUUGAUCAUGGAGAAACUGGGAUUACAGGAGAAAACCAAUGGGAACGAAACUGCAGAGAAACUGUCUGCGACCAAUAAUGAUAUGUCCAGUUGA